ACCAGCUUUACGCAAAUUCUUAUGUAACUUCCUGGUUGAAGCUGAAACUGAAAUGUCGGUCAAUUAUCUCACUCGAUUUUGGUUCUACGUGUGUUUACGUUCUUUUCAUCUCAUUUGAGCGUUUCGAAUAUUAAGCUCAACAUGGAUCCUCUGAAGUUUCAUGAGAUUGACGAGGACCUGACAAGUGAUGAAGUGGCUCAGCUGAAGUUUCUAUGCAUGGACCUAGUUCCUAAGAAGCGAAUGGAGACCGUGAGAGAUGCCAAAGACCUCUUCAUACGCCUGGAAGAGCAAACAAUGCUUGAUGAUGGGCUACUCGUGCCCGAGCUUCUGUUGACUAUUAGACGGAUUGACUUGCUUGCCAUCCUGAACACAUCCAAAGAGGAGGUGGAGAGAGAUCUGCUGCAACGUGACCCCUUUAGUAAAGGUGUCUCAGCCUACAGAAAGAUGCUAUUUAGAUUGUCUGAAGACUUGACAGAAGAAAACCUUCAUACAGUAAAGUUCCUUUUGGAACUUCCAAAAACAAAAUGUGGAGCUUCUACUUCAUUUCUGGACAUUAUGAUUGAGAUGGAAAAGCAGCAGAAGCUUGGGGAAGAAAACCUGGAUGAACUGCAAAAUAUUCUGUUAAAAUGUGAUAAACAGCUUGCCUAUAAGAUAGAGGAGUUCAAGAAUAUGCAUCGAGACCUGGAUCAAGUAGGAGGUAGACAUCCUCUACAGGAAGUAACUAAUCAUGAGUUCUCCAGAGUCUCCGUUCCUAACAUUCUGGAUUCAACACAGUAUGAAGAGACCGAGAUCGGGAGAAGAGGCUCUUCUGUGAGUGACGGUCUUGUUACCGAUUCAGAUACUCUGCCCAAGGAAGAAGAGCAGGAUUUGUAUUAUUCCAUGAAGCAACGGCCUUUAGGAUACUGCCUAAUCAUCAACAACUACAACUUUAAAGAAAAGUCCUCAUUGCGCAACCGGACAGGCACGGAUAGGGACAAAGAGGAACUCACGAGAGUGUUUCGCAAAAUGAAUUUUCUGGUUGAGUUGCGGGACGAUCUGCUAGCCUCAGAUAUCCGAGAUGUGAUAAAGGAGUUUGCACAGAAGAAUCACUCUGCAAUGGACGCUUUUGUCUGUUGCGUCCUUUCCCAUGGAGAGAGAGGCACAGUGUUGGGCAUAGAUGGCAAAGAGGUUGCAAUCCGUGACCUCACACUGCCUUUCGCUGCAUGCCACACACUAGUGAGCAAGCCCAAGCUUUUCUUCAUUCAGGCCUGUCAAGGUAGAGAGGCCCAGGAAAGUGUGUGGAUGGAGGAUGGACAGGUGGACGUUACAGAAGAAGAAACAUAUGAGGGGGAUGCUCGUGCUGUAGCACUUCAGAGUAUCCCUAUAGAAGCUGAUUUUCUCAUUGGAAUGGCCACAGUGGAGUACUACCAGUCCUUCCGCCACAUCACAGAAGGGUCCAUCUAUAUCCAGGAGCUCUGUAGGCAGAUGGAGAAGUUCUGUCCCAGAAAUGAAGAUAUCUUGUCCAUUCUGACAAAAGUGAACCGUGAAGUAAGCUCCAAGAUUUUGAAGGGCUACAAGCAGAUGCCUGAACCUCGGUACACCCUCACCAAGAAACUGGUCCUUCCUAUGGACUGAAUGUGCCUGUCUGUAACAGAAUAUUUCUUUUAGUUUCUGGAUCAGUACUGGAGAGUUUCUCUGUUACUCAGACUCUGUAGUACUGCUUAAGGGGAGGGUGAGAGCUCUUUGGUGCUAUGGAUUAAUUGUUGUGUCUCUCUGAUGUCAAUUCCACCAACGUUUACUGCUCAGGGGAACAAAAUGUAUGUGAAAAUUCUUGUUUAAAGAGAAAACAAAGUAGGAACAAUAAAACACAUUUAUAUUUGA